ACCAAAGCAGCGUUUUUGAUCAGCCUCGCCAACUACCUAAAGGCAGCAAUGAGUCUCUCUGAAACAGACAAGUCCAGGGUGAGGGCUUUCUGGGCCAAAGCCGAAGGGAAAGCCAACGAGCUGGGUGGCGAAGCAUUGGCCAGGAUGCUCGUUUCCACCCCACAAACGAAGACCUAUUUCGCGCACUGGGGAGAUCUGAGCCCUCAAUCCGCCAAAGUGAGGAAGCAUGGUGCCACUAUCAUGGCAGCCUUGGGAAAAGCCGUCAAAGGCAUCGACGAUCUGACUGGUACCUUGGGCGCUCUCAGUGAGCUUCAUGCCUUCAAGCUCCGGGUGGAUCCUGCCAACUUUAAGAUCCUGGGUCACAACAUCGUCUUGGUCUUCGCCAUGUACUUCCCUGCAGACUUCACUCCUGAGGUGCACGUUUCCGUGGAAAAGUUCCUGCAGUGCGUGGCCUGGGCUCUCUCCGAGAAGUACCGCUAAAGUCACACCAAGCAGGGGCACUUAUUGGAAACCCAAAGCUUGCAAACCCACAUUCUCAGCACCACUUAGAUAUGUGGAGGCAUGUUCAAUAAAAAAAUAUAACAGAUUG